CUGGGCGCGGGCGCCGCCAUUUUUGGGGGUUGCGGUGGGCGGUCUCCCCGCACGGUGGCCGUUCGAGGCGACGCGGCGAUGUUGAAAGAAAGCAGUAAGGCGGGCGCGUGUAGGCGGGAGGCCGCCUCGGCCACCUCGGAGUCCUAUACCGGCCGCUGCUCUUCCACGUCGGGGUUGGGAGGGCCAGCGGAGCGGCCGCCCCGCUAUACCCUUGGGCUGCUGCAGACGCCGCGCAGCACGACGGGCAGCACCGGAGAUCUCUCCAGCGGCGUGGCGAGGCCGGGCAGCUCCAGCGGGGAGGGCCUCGCUCCCAGCCGAGUUGCCGGGGUGAAGGCGCCGGUUUCGGGAAGAGAAGAAUCAUAUUUUGGGGACAAAAGUUCUUGUGUAGAAAACACCAGCACACUGAAUCUCACGAGUUCUUCUGUGCAAGGCCUGAAUAGCGCAUGUGUAGGAAGAACACCCCUCUCUUCUAGCAGAUCUGUUUGCGGAAGCCAUACCCCUCUUAUGGGAUAUUCAGUUACAUCCUCAUCUGCAGUCUCUGCUCAUACUGCUGCGUCAGUUAUUGUAGCUGUUGUAGAAGGAAGAGGCCUUGCCAGAGGUGAAGUAGGAAUGGCCAGUAUUGACUUAAAAAAUCCUGAGGUGAUAUUAUCACAGUUUUCAGACAAUACAACUUAUGCCAAGGUUAUUACUAAGCUCAAGAUUUUAACACCGCUAGAAAUCAUAAUGUCAAACACUGCUUGUGAUGCAGGGAACACAACAAAAUUGUUCAGUCUGAUAACAGAACAUUUCAAGAAUGUGACCUUUACAACUGUGCAAAGAAAAUACUUCAACGAAACUAAGGGUUUGGAAUACAUAGAACAAUUGUGUGCAUCUGAAUUCAGCACCAUUUUCAUGGAGGUUCAGUCAAAGUAUUACUGUCUUGCAGCUGCUGCAGCUUUGCUAAAAUAUGUGGAGUUUAUUCAAAAUUCAGUUUAUGCUCCUAAAUCGCUCAAGGUGCGUUUCCAGGGGAGUGAGAAAACAGCCAUGAUAGAUUCAUCAUCGGCACAAAAUCUGGAAUUAGUGAUUAAUAACAGAGAUUCUCGGAAUGGUCACACGCUUUUCGGUGUACUAAAUUACACCAAAACUCCGGGUGGAAGUCGAAGACUUAGAUCCAGUAUCCUGGAGCCACUAGUAGAUGCCGAAACAAUUAACACAAGACUGGACUGUGUUCAGGAAUUACUCCAGGAUGAGGAGCUCUUUUUUGGUCUUCAAGCAGUUAUCUCAAAAUUCCUGGAUACAGAACAACUACUUUCAGUUUUGGUACAAAUUCCAAAGCAGGACACAGUUAAAACUGCUGAAUCAAAAAUAACUAAUCUAAUCUACCUGAAACAUACUCUAGAACUUGUGGAGCCUCUAAAGGCUGCUUUAAGAAGCUGUACCACACCGCUGCUAAAGGCUUACUACAAUUCUCUUGAAGAUACAAGAUUUGGAAUUAUGCUUGAAAAGAUUACAACUGUCAUUAAUGACGACACAAGGUAGACAAAAGGAUGUCUGAGUAUGAGGACCCAGAAAUGCUAUGCUGUUAAGCCUAACAUCAACGAAUUUCUCGACAUAGCUCGUAGAACAUACACAGAAAUUGUUGAUGACAUAGCAGGUAUGAUCGCACAACUUGCAGAAAAGUACAACCUGCCAAUGAAAACAAGUUUCAGCUCUGCUCGUGGGUUUUUUAUCCAGACGAAUGUUGAUUGUUCAACAUUACCCAAUGGCCAACUUCCUUCAGAAUUUACAAAGAUCACUAAAAUGAAAAACACAUAUAGCUUCACUUCGGCAGAUUUAAUGAAGAUGAAUGAAAGAUGUCAGGAGUCCCUGAGAGAAAUAUAUCACAUGACCUAUUUAAUAGUGUGUAAGCUACUGAAUGAGAUCUAUGAACACAUUCAUUGCCUAUACAAGCUGUCUGACAUUGUGUCCAUGCUGGAUAUGCUGCUUUCAUUUGCCCAUGCCUGCACCCUUUCUGAUUAUGUUCGUCCAGAAUUUACAGAUACUUUAGCCAUCAAGCAGGGAUGGCAUCCCAUUCUUGAAAAGAUAGCUGUGGAAAAACCUGUGCCUAACCAUACAUACUCGACAGAGGGUAACAACUUUGUCAUUAUUACGGGACCAAAUAUGAGUGGAAAAUCAACGUACCUAAAACAGAUUGCUCUUUGUCAAAUUAUGGCACAGAUUGGUUCUUAUGUCCCAGCAGAGUAUUGUUCUUUUCGAAUAGCAGAGCAGAUAUUUACCAGAAUAGGUGUAGAUGAUGAUAUAGAAACAAACGCAUCAACAUUCAUGAAGGAAAUGAAAGAGAUAACAUACAUCAUACAAAACGCUAAUGACAAAUCACUCGUCAUAAUUGAUGAACUUGGCAGAGGUACCAGCGCUGAAGAAGGAAUUGGCAUUUGUUACGCUGCCUGUGAAUAUCUGCUGAAUUUAAAGGCAUUUACAUUAUUUGCUACACAUUUCCUGGAACUGUGUCAUAUAGAUGCCUUAUAUCCCAAUGUGGAAAACUACCAUUUUGAAGUGCAACAUGUGAGAAGCAGUGCUGGAAAUAAGGAGAAAGUUGCUUACACUUACGCACUCUCUAAAGGCUAUACGGAGGAAAAGAACUAUGGAUUAAAAGCUGCAGAAGUUUCCUCCCUACCAUCAUCUGUAAUUGUGGAUGCAAAGGAAAUCACAAAUCACAUUGCAAACCAAAUUUUGCACAGGCAGAAGAGCACUCCUGAGAUGAUGAGACAGAGAGCUGUGUACCAUCUAGCAAUGAGAUUGGUUCAGACUGCCAGAAAUUCUCGAUUGGAUCCGGACAGUUUGCGGAUAUAUUUGAAAGGCUUGAAGAAGAAGUAUGAAGCCAGUUGUCCUGCACCCGAACAGAACGAUGAGCAACAGUAACGUAUUGCACAAGCUGUAGCUCUAAUUUUUAUGACUGCGAGAUGAUUCUGGUUUUCCCCAUAGUAUUAGAAAACACUGUUUUCCACAUGUUUUUAGUUUCUUAAUUCUUAGUCUGAAUUAUAUUCACUACUGAAAGACCAUAUCCGUCACGGGGUUUUUCCACAAAACACAUCUGAAAUAAAAGCAUUUACUUGAUAUGAGGAACACAGUUCUUUCUGAUAACGGACUAUAUCCCUUUCAUUUUUUUAUGGAGACAAAGAAGUUAUAUGACAUUUAAUAUUUUCUUCUGGUGUAUCUGCUGUUAUGGUUCUUACAUCUGAUAGUAAAGAUCUUGCCUAACGAAAAGCAGUCUUUGAAACAGAUGGUCCACUUGUCUUGCACAAGCACUCUCUCCUUGCACUGUUGAACGUGCAUCCGUAAAUCCUGUUGCUGCCUAUUCCAGGAGGGUUCCAGCUCUCUCAGUCAUUACUCUUAACCCAACAUCAAGUCCAGGCGCGCUUCCUCUCCAGAACUGGGCAGUCACAGCUUUUUGUAACAGCACAGUAACAGCAAAUUACUGUGGUAUUGACACGGUUGAUCAGGUUUUGUUUAGAAAGCGAGUAACAGGAAAUCAAUAGAAAGUUGAAUAUCCUUCCUCCUUGGGGUUUUGGGUUCUUUUUAGUACAACUUCAUUGAGCGGCUGCAGCCACGUAUUCCAGCGUGAAUGAACGUGUCUUUCUUCACUUCCUUCUAACCAACUUUGGCCAAGAGUUCUUACGUUUCAUUUAAGUGCAUGUGCAUAUACAUAAUUUCUUAUGCAUUUAUCUAUUAAACUGGUAAUAUAAAACAGUGCAGUAUGUAAUUUGUAACAACAAAUAUAUCAUAUAUAUUUAUGAUAUACAUUUCCUUUUAAUGUAUCUAUCUUUGUAAACAUAGCAGUGCAACAGAAUAACGUUGGUAGUCGGCGCCCUGUGUUUUUUUACCGAAGAGGGUUUUGGAUUGAUCGAAGCUAUUAACCGCAGUUCACCUCUCUUCAGGCCUUUGCUGGCAAGUCUCUCACUCAUUACCUCCAUCCGUAAAUACCAUAUUUGUUGUCUAGCCCGGUGAGGACCAUGGCAGAAAGAAGUAUUUUGUGUUCAGGUUUCUUAACACGAGGAACCAGAUGGGAAGUGACACGUAUUUCAGACAUUGACUGGGCAGGGUGCACAUCUCCCUGUUGGGGUCAGCCAGCGCAGCACCAGGAAGAACGGUUCUGGGGUGCGUGCCUGGAAGCCUGGCGUAGUUUGACCCCAUCAGAACUGUUCCCCUCUUCUGCGCACCUUAUUGCAGAGCCUUAGGCUUGCUUCCAGCCCGUCAGGACUCUGCAUUUACAUACUCUGCGCACUGCUCUCUCGAAACAUAUUUUAAGUAAGGA